UACAUGGCCUGCGAGGCUAGAUUGUUUUGGCUUUUUCUGACUUAUGAAAAAACGCAGAUGUCUCUGUUCCUAUGCCUAUAUAACCAUGCUGAGUAAAAUAGAGACUCACUGCUUCGUGCUCAUAGCACUCCACCGUAUGGUUAGUACUUCGCGAUCAGCAUCCCAGAUCUCCGAGUCCACUAGAGACUCACACAGGAGCUGGCUGGACAGCUGUGAAGCAAAGAGAUACACCAUCAUCUUCCUCACCAACCCAGCUUGAAGUUCUUUCAAGUCUUGGUUCAAGGCUUUGGCAAUCAUGAAGCUGCUCAUCCUUUCCUGCCUUGUGGCAGUGGCUCUUGCCAGGCCUAAACUUCCUCUUAGACAACACUCAGAACUCAUUCUGAAUGACCCAGAGAGCAGAGAGGAAGUCCUCAAAGAAAGAAAGUUUUUCAAGUUGGCCUUGCCUGUACAAAGAGAGUGGAGAGAGCAGAGAGAAUUUAUGAGAGAAAAACAGAGUGAUGAAGAACAGGUCGUAGAAGACCCUGAGCAGAAGAAAUCUAGCAGUAGCUCAUCAAGUGAGGAAGUUCACAAAAACACUAAGCAGAAGCACAUUCCAAAGGAAGACAUGCUCUACCAACGUUAUCUGGAACAGCUUCGUAAGCUGAACAAAUACAACCAACUGCAGCUGAAAGCUGUUCAAGCGCAGAAGAAUAUUCCAAAGGAGAACUUGCUCUAUCACCAAUAUCUGGAACAACCUCAGAGAGUGAAUGAAUACAAUUAUGUUCAAUUGACAGAGCCCAUGAGUGUAGUGAAUCAGCCUUUUCAGCAAUACUACCAGCUUGAUGCCUACCCUUAUGCUGCUUGGUAUUAUUAUCCACAAUACAUUACUUAUCUACCAUUCUACGACAUCACUAACCCCAUUGCCUCUGAGAACAUUGAAAAAGCUAACAUUAUGCCACAGUGGUGAAGAACUAAACGAAUUCUUAGAAACUCCACAAUUAUGAACCUUGAUGUGACUGAAAAUUCCAUCGAAAUUCCUCCUCUGCCUCGCAUGUAAAACCAUCCUAUUCAAAGAUUUUGCUGUUAUUUUAAAAUAGGACACUCUUGACUCCUCUACUAUGUAUUAGCUAGCAUAUAAUUAUUUUCUUGUUCGUUGGCAAAAUUCCAGUUAUAUCAUGCCAGUAUAAAGGCUACUGAGCCAGAGGAUAUUAAAGGCUUUACUAUUUUUCUAUGGAAAUUUUGUUUAAAAAGUUUUUGAAUUGUUUUUUUCUGUAAGUGCCAUCAUUUCAAAAAAUUGUGUGCAGUGACUGAGAUUUCUUCUUCAUUUCAAUA